GGUCUCAAAGUAUUAUUUGGACGGUGUCUACUUCAAUUCCGAUCACCGGAAUUGGCGAGUCGCCGCAGCCUUUUGACUUGAUACUUGCAUUCAGCUCGCAACGACGAUAACGAUGCCCCGGCUACAGAUUCUCCAACACAAAUCGUACCAUCCUUACUUGGAAAAGAACAAGCAACGCGUUCGAGAAGACGAGGCGAGAGCCGCAGCAGAAGAGCUCGCCAAUGAGCAGAGACGAGUUGAUGCGGAAGCAAGCGGUCGCCUUGACCUGCUUCGUCGUCGCGCUGGAUCGCCUUCGUUGGACGACAACCUUCCUUCCACCUCGUCCUCGCGUCCUGGUGAAUCAAGUCUGCUAGAAAGACAUCGAAAAGCCAAAGCAAAGGCUGAAAAGGAGGAACGAAAGAGGAAGGAGCGACUAGACUUUGACUUUCCCUCAGAGACUGCCAGAAAGGCCAGAGAUGGGAGGAGAGAAGCGGAUGGGUACGAUGUCGAUGGUGAUGGAAGAGAAGCGAUCAAGUGGGAAUCUGGCGGUCAUGUCAAUUUCUUCACGGAUAUAGAAAAGAGCGAGGCUGGACCGUCUCUCGCUGAGAUGGCAAAGAAAAAGGACAAAGACAAGGAAGAUCCUUACACAAUGUACCUUGCCAGACCGGAUAAAGAAACCAAGCCUUGGUACUCGGACAAGGACCUAAGGCGUAUAGAGGAAUGGGAGUCGGGCGAUCAAGCGGAAGAGAGAAGAGCAAGGGACAGGCGCAAAGACCAACGGUCGAAAUCUCGCAAUGACCCUCUGACGCACAUCACCUCGCUCUUAUCUACGCACUCUAGUACCGCGCAGAAGAAGCCGCACGUCAGAGUCCCGCCACCUGGGAGCGAUCCUCAGACCGCACGAAUGGCCAGGGAGCAAUCAGAGCGUCAGCGGGCCUUGGCACUCAUUGCAAAGACAAAAGCUCAGACUCAAAACCCUUGGGAUAGCACGCCGAGUACAGUCGUCGGCAGAAAUUGGUCAGACGAUUUCGAACGGGAGAAGGAUAGAGCUGGUCGAAGGUACUUUACUGGCGGACAAUAUGACACGCCCGAGAGGAGACGAAGGGGAAGUCGAUGAGCCUAUGGAACUCGCGCAGUGGUUGCGGAUGCACCUUUCUGCCGUGGAACGACUGGGUUCUGUAUAUCACGGCUCCAGCGUUCCCCUGCCAUGCAGAACCUGUUUGUCCUUAUGCAGAACCUGUUCGUCCUUACGUAGUGUAUGGCUCGGUCGCCCUGCCCCUUGCGAGAUCGGGGCAGGGGCACAAUUCUCGAGGCUCCGACAAUGCCUUCCGGGAUGGCGCCGCCACGUGUCCACAAUAUUCCGUGACG